GAUUGGACAGAUGCAAGAACAAACCCAAUCAAAUCAUGUUUUACAGAUAGAAUAUUUCGUGACGUAAAUUUCGGAUUUUCCCCGUUAUAUUGCUCAAGACUGGCAUUGAAAAAGGUCACCUGAAAAGGUCCUGCAACAAACAAAAUCAAGUCAAGGACAAACAGAAAAUAGACCGACAAUAGUGUUAUUUUUGUGUCCUUUAGAACGGUCACCUGUUUGUCAUUCUUCAACACUUACGUAUGAAAUUUCGCAAAAUUACGUAAGAUAUUGUUCGAUGGAAAUUUAUUAAAUCGUUUGAUUGCCAUCUGGCUAUUGAUGUGUUGAUUAGAAAUCUGGAGCGACACCUGAAUUUUGAUUUAAGACAUAAUAUAAGGCAUUUUCACACACUAAAGACGUCAUGUAUCGUGUGAAGACUAUUGCUUCUGGUCUCACUAGGCCAGCACUGUAUCAAUUGAAGUGUCUGCAUAACCAAAGAUUUGCAGAAGUGACAGGUGUACCAUUCAGGAAAUAUGCUUCAAGUGCACAGACUGAAUCGUUUCUCAAUGGAAGUUCAGGAAGUUAUGUUGAAACGAUGUAUGAGUCUUGGCAAAAAGACCCGAAUAGUGUGCACAAGUCCUGGAAAGCAUAUUUUGAAGGCCAGGAGUUUGUCAGACCACCAUCUUUAGGAGGAGGUGUUCCUUCACUCUCUUCAUUCUCAAGUAAAGAUAUCAAAGACAAUCUGGAAGUUGGCAAACUAAUAGAAGCUUAUCAGAGAAGAGGUCACAAUAUUGCAACACUGGAUCCCUUGGGUCUACUGGAUGCAGAUUUAGAUCCAGAAAUCCCUAAAGAGCUAUUACUGAGUAGUUAUCACUGGGAGGAGAGUGAUUUGGAGAGAAAAUUUACCCUGCCAACAACAACCUACAUUGGAGGGAGUGAAACAGAAAAACCACUCAAGGAUAUCAUUGAGAGGUUGAAGGAAGUUUAUUGCGGCCAUAUUGGAAUAGAGUUAAUGCAUCUGAAUAAUAAGGAACAGAUUGACUGGAUCAAAAAGAAGUUUGAAACACCUGGUAUUGUGAGGCUUACCAAAGAGGAGAAAAAUACAGUAUUAGCAAGACUGCUCAGAUCUCAAAAAUUUGAAGAAUAUUUAGCUAAGAAAUGGUCAUCAGAGAAAAGAUUUGGUUUGGAAGGCUGUGAGGUUUUGAUACCUGCCAUGAAAACUGUCAUAGAUACUUUAAGUGACCGAGGCGUAGAUGACUUUAUCAUUGGUAUGCCACACAGAGGAAGACUCAAUGUGCUGGCUAAUGUAUGUAGAACACCAUUGGAGAGGAUAUUUGGUCAGUUUGAUCCUGACUUGGAACGUUUCGAGGAAGGAUCUGGUGAUGUCAAGUACCAUCUGGGAAUGUCAAUACAGAGACUUAAUCGUGUCACAAAUAAAAAUGUAUCACUGUCUUUAGUGGCUAACCCAUCACAUUUAGAAGCAGUUGAUCCUGUCGUACAGGGAAAAACUAAAGCCAAGCAAUUCUAUAGAGGGGAUAGUGAGGGGAAAAAGGUGGUCAGUAUGUUACUGCAUGGUGAUGCUGCUUUUGCUGGACAAGGAGUAGUUUUUGAGACUUUCCAUCUGAGUGACCUUCCCGAUUAUACCACAAAUGGAACAAUCCACAUUGUUGUCAAUAAUCAGAUUGGAUUUACAACAGAUCCCCGAUCAGCCAGAUCAUCAGCCUACUGUACUGAUGGAGCUCGUAUGGUCAAUGCUCCAGUCUUUCACGUUAAUGCUGAUGACCCAGAUGCUGUGGUUUACGUGUCCAAAGUAGCAGCAGAAUGGAGGGCAGAGUUUGGAAAGGAUGUAGUCAUUGAUUUGGUUUGUUAUCGUAAGAAUGGUCACAAUGAAACAGAUGAACCAAUGUUUACUCAACCAUUAAUGUACAAGAAGAUUGCUGUACAGAAACCAGUGUUAGACCAAUAUGCAGAACAGCUAAUCAAAGAAGGAGUUGUCACCACAAAGGCGUAUGAGGAAGAAAUAGAGAAGUAUAACAAAAUCUGUGAAGAAGCAUUUAUUCAUAAAAAGGAUCAUAAGAAAGGGGAGUGGUUAGAUUCACCCUGGGAUAACUUCUUCAAGAAAGAAGGACCUGGUCAGGAACGGUGGAUGAUGGUCAAACCAAACACAGCUGUACCAGAGGAGAAACUCAAUCAUAUCGGAUUGAAAGUUAGUUCUGAGCCAGAGGAUGUUUCCAUUCAUUCAGGUUUGAAAAGAAUAAUGAAGAUGAGAAAACAGAUGGUUGAAAAGAGACAGGCUGACUGGGCUUUGGGUGAAGCCUUAGCCUGGGGAUCUUUACUCAGUGAGGGGUAUCAUGUCAGACUUAGUGGACAAGAUGUAGAGAGAGGAACAUUCAGCCACCGACAUGCUGUGUUGUUUGAUCAGAACGUUGACAAGAAGAAAAUUGUACCUCUGAAUCACUUGUAUCCAAACCAGGCCAAGUUCCAAGUUCACAACAGCUCACUCUCAGAAUACGGAGUACUGGGGUUUGAAUUAGGCUAUUCCUUAGAGAAUCCUUAUACCUUGGUGAUAUGGGAGGCUCAGUUUGGGGAUUUUGCCAACACAGCACAAUGUAUAAUUGAUCAGUUUAUUAGCAGUGGCAAAGACAAAUGGACAAGAGAAAGUGGCAUCACUUUACUAUUACCACAUGGUUAUGAUGGCAUGGGACCAGAACAUUCCAGUGGUAGAUUAGAAAGGUUCCUUCAAAUGUCUAAUGAUGAUGGAGACUAUUUCCCUCCUGAAAAUGAAGAUUUUGUGACACAGCAAUCUCAUGAAAUUAACUGGUUUGUAUGCAACUUUACAACUCCAGCUAAUUUCUUCCAUGCUAUGAGGAGGCAGAUACUUUUACCAUUCAGACGACCGCUUAUUGUCAUGUCACCCAAAAGUUUGCUACGACAUAAGGAUGCCAUUUCUAGCUUUGAUGAUAUGAAUGAAGGAAGUGAAUUCCGUCGAGUUAUACCAGACUCUGGAGCUGCUACACAGAACGCUGCCGGUGUGAAGAAGUUGAUCUUCUGUAGUGGCAAAGUCUAUUAUGAUCUGAUCUAUGAACGAGAAAAGAAAGAAUUAAAUGAUCAAAUAGCUAUUGCAAGAAUUGAACAGAUUUCACCAUUCCCAUUUGAUCUUGUGAAGGAAGAAAUACAGAAGUAUCCCAAGGCCAGCAUCAACUGGGUACAGGAGGAACACAAAAAUAUGGGAGCCUGGUUUUAUGUAGAGCCCAGAAUCAGGACUGUCUUAACUAAACUUGAUAUGUCAGAUGCUUCUAUUGAAUAUUGUGGUCGGGAACCAGCAGCAUCCACAGCGGCAGGAUCUAAACGCAGUCAUUUAUUACAGUUAGCGUCUUUCUUGAACGAAGCUGUCAGUCUCUCAGAAUGAGGAAACAUUUAAACCUUAAAAACACACUAUCAGGAUGUAGCAAUCAUAAAUAAAAGAGAACUUGUGAUAAAUGAAAAUAUUUGAUGUACACAAUAAAAACCCAUCAUUUAUUUGUAUAUUUUAAUGAUCAAUUAUUCUGGGUGAAUGUAGUUGUAAUUGAUUGUUUUAGCUGUAAAUUCUAUUCAUUCUGUACAUACCUUUAUAUGUUUAUUUUAAUGUCAGAUAUAAACUGCAGGGCAGAUGUACACUUGUUAUUAAAACUCAAAAUGUCACACUUUUGUAAGAUUUCCUUGGAUGUGAAUCAAACUUGUUUUUUAAACCUAUUUUUAUACCUUAUAUUUUCUACCUUACUGAAUUGUUUGUGAUAUCUACUGUGCCAGAAGUCAAUGUGAAUAAUUUUUCCUUAUAUGUGAUAAGUUUGGCAUUUUAUUAGGUAUUUAUACAAGUCGGUGAAAAUGUUUAUGUCACAAGUCUAGAAAAAAGGGAAAUAUUUAAGGUUUAAAAGAUGAAUUAUUUCUAUAUGAUGGACAUGGUAGUCUGUCUUGUGAAUUUGUCUGUUUUCUGUCUCUGUUACCAAAUAUAUUUAUUUAUUUUACCGAUAUAUAAAUUCUGUUGACACAAAACUCUCUGUAGGUACAGGAAGUUCUUUCAAUGUCACAAACUAAAAAACCAAUUGUAAAUUGAGAAAUUGGAUCUUCAUAACCACCUCUACUGUUAUUUCUUACGGUAAUAGAAGCUACACAGAAUUAUACAGGUUUCCUUAAUUUUUGUUAUCUCAUUUACGGGUUAAUAUUGGAAUUUUAAACAUGUUAGAAUAUUUUAGUCCAGAUUACUAAACAAAAUAAGAAAUAUUAACAACGAUAAAAAAUUAUACCAAAGGUUUUGUUAGGAGUAGGUUAGAUAAAGGAGGUAGAUUUGGUGGUUAUGGGUUAUACAGGGACACAUAUAUAAACCAAGUAAUUCCUCUCACAACUUUCAUUUCAUAGUUAGAGGAAUUAUUUAAAUGGCAUUUAAAGGGACUUGUCAAAAGUCAUAGAUAUAUAUUAUAAGAAAUAGUGGAUGGAAAUUACAAAUAAUAGUGUGUUAAUUUCAAAAAGGUUCAAGUUCUACAAUUUAUGAUAUAUUUUAAUUAUAAUAUUCACAUUUGACAAUUUUUAAGUUGAAAGUCCUAGUUUUGAUUCUUUCUGUGAAUGGUUUGCCUCUAAGUAGAUUUUUUUUGUGUUUCCAUUUAAAGUUUGGUGCUGUACUUACCUUUACCUUUAUAGAUCUGCAAAUACACUCAUCAUCAUUAUAGUUACAACAACAUUAAAAAAAUAUUGAACAUUUCUUUGUGCCAUGUAUUGACACUAUAAAAUGAAAACAGUCAGGUGUGAUAAUUUUGAUUAUUUGAUAAUUUUGUGUGUUUUGUUUAAGUUAAAUGCACUAAUUAAUUAGACAUAUGAAUUUAUCCAUAAAAUUGAGGUCAGAGGUCAGUUAACCUAAAAACAUGCCAAGUUUGAUAUUUAAAAAAAAAUAUGUUCAAAUACAAAUUGACAAAUGACCUUGAAAUUAUCUUGAUUUCUGCAUCAAUUAUAGUACCAAAUACGACUUAAGAAUUAAGACUCUUAGAAGAUAUAUUUAUACUUAAACUGAUAGUAAAGGACUUUCUAUUUGGCUCAUUGGAUUAGUGAACUUAGUAAGUUAGUACCAACUUAAGGUCAAGUCAGUUACACAUUUUAUAGUGUCAAGGUCUAAUUUUGUGAGAAACAUAAGCUUGAUUCUUUAUAGUAAAAGAAGGGUAACAUGUGUUGAGAAUGGUGGUGAAUAAAACAUCAUAUUAAGAUUUAAAAGUGACUUCAAAUGAAAUUUAAACAAAAUCAAGCAGAAAAACCUUUUGUCAUUGUAAAUGAUACAAGACAUUACACUUCCAAUAACCACAUUUUCAUGCUAAAAUAACUUGUUUUUGUUUUUAUAAUAGUUUAUUUAUUAUUUUGUUUAUCUUGCUUUGUUUGUCAACAAUGAAAUAGGCCUGAAAAGAAGAUAUAUUGUUCAACAAUUUUUAACAAUAAACAUUUGUUCCAUUA